AUGGCCGAGAACGGCGGAAACAACCGCGAUGGUGACAAUGGCAAUAGUGGUUGCCAAUCACUCGGCAUCAUCACCGGUGGGUGCCAGGUGGAAAGACUGGAAGGUUCACAUAAUUAUAAUAACUGGAAGUUUAGUCUGAAAAUGCUCUUAACUCUAGAGGGACUUUGGAAGGUCGUUAUUGGUGAAGAGACUGAUACCACUAAAGAUCAGCGAGCGCUAGCACGGAUUUGUCGCACACUUCACUCAAGCUGCUACCAGUUUGUUAGACAAGCUAAAACUAGUAAAGAAGCAUUUGGAAGCUGGAGCAAAGUUUAUGAAGACAGUGGUCUGUAUCGCCGCGUUCUCCUUCUCCGACGACUACACAGGAUUGAGUAA